GUCGUGGGAAUGGAUGGGGCACACCUCAAGGGAAAGUGGAACGGUCAGAUGCUGACGUUGACGUGCAAGGACGCCAACAACGAGAACAUCCACGUCGCGACGGCGAUCGGACCGGUCGAGAACACCGACCUCUACAAAACUUUGAUCAGAGGUUGCAAGAAGAACCCGAAAAUGAGGGACUUUCUGGAAGACUCCAAGACAACCUUCUACACCGACCAGCACAAGGGGGGGAAAUNGAAGCUACCGCCAUUCGAGAUGAUGAGGAGCAUACUCGCUGAUACCGCCAAGAAGUUCGCCCACCGUGCCACCCUCGGCAAUGGAGCAUGGACUCCCUAUGCUGCCGCGACGUUCGAAGACCAAAGGAAGAAGUCCGCCGGGGUCCUGCUGAGGUGGGGCGAGCCGGGGCAGAAGACAGAGUGGUCCUGCACAUGCGGGUUCCCCGCGAGGUUCCACAUCCCUUGCUGCGACGUCAUCGCCUUGGCUAGAUCGGAGGACAAGAUGGACGUUGUCAUGGCCCUGAUGCAUCCGGCCUAUCGCCUACAAUACCACCGUCGGACCUACGGCGACAACGCGUACCAGAUCAUGCUGCCUGUGCCGUCCACGCUGGAGGAAGAUGACACGCUCCUACCUCCUUUCUGGGUGGCUGGUCAGGCUGGCGCUCCGAAAACAAAAUCCGGGCCGAAGAAGUACAAGAUGAUCCCUGGGCGCGGGGACAAGAACGCGUCGUCGUCGUUCAACAGGCGAGUUUCUGAACUCGGCCCGACUGCAUCCGGAAGCACGGCGGCCCCCUCUCUGUCGCAGGGGGGUGCCACGGCGGCUCCCUCUCUGUCGCAGGGGGGUGCCGCGGCGGCUCCCUCUCUGUCGCAGAGGAGUGCCACGGCGGCUCCCUCUUCGUCACAGGGGGGGCGUGCGGGCGGAUCGGUCAUUGUCGGGGGGAUGGUGAUCAACUUGGCACGCUGAGUGCCGGCCGCCGAAUGACGAUGUGUGUGUUGCCGUUUUUGUCCGUGUCACGUACUCCGCGAUGUUUUCUUUCUUUUCUUUUCGUGCCAACCCUGUCCAGUGAAGAAUCGGGGAUCGCGGGCCUUGACACUCGUCUACCCAACGACCAGUUGGCUGAUGACGAUAGUGAAUAAUGGUGGGCAGGGAGGUUUUAUUUCUUUUACGCUUUCGUCUUUCUUUCGCUGUCGUGUUCCCUGCGGUAUGUUGGCUAAGUUUGGCAUGCAUGGCGUACGCAAAUGUGCUGACCCUUCCGCGUUGAUUGUGCAUCAUUGAUUUGGAUUGUGCAUCAUUGAUUUGGAGCACACACCCUCUGCUGAGGAGGAACGUCCGGGUACACGUUGCUGCUACGCAAGGGAAAUAAACGAGCGUGUCGUGUUGAUAUGUAGAUGCUGGAAGAGGCCCCUUAAUUUUGGUGUGGCAUUCGAGGUCCUUUUGGAGUCCUUUUGAGGGGGGGGUGAGGGGGGCGGGGCGGCCACCGCGUUCCUUUGAGAGAGACGCGUGUUCUCAAGACCAUUUCUUGUUUAUUUCCGACUUUUUUCUCUCUCUCUCUCAUGAUUCGCAUGUUUUUGGGAAAACCGACGCGCAAGUGUUGAAUCGAGACGAAGUAAUGACUGCUGUGUUGCCACAACGCCAAGUUCAUACGAUGUAUGACUGAAAACCUAGUCUGCUAAGGUCAUCCAUGCAUGAUGGGUCCUUUUCGGAGGAUUCCUGAGAGAGGAACACGUGAACGCAGCAUGCGUCAAACACCUUGUCUGUAUGGACUCUUUA